AACGAGCAAGCGCAAUCACCUAUCAGCUCCAACCCUCGACUUCCUGUCCGCCUUGUUGUCCGUUCCAGCAAGCAACCGCAUCCUAAACUGGAAGACAGCCUCUCCGAACUGUACUUUCAUUAAAAACGCGCAGCGCGUCGACCGCACCGUUUACGUCACCUUCUGCUUCGCGUUACAGUCGCCGCAGCAACUAUGGAUAGGUUCAGAACCCUACUCGGCGGCGGCAUGAGCUUGGGUGGUGCUGCCCCCGGGACGGAUAACACAAACCUGAUCGACAACUCCGAGACAGUCCACAUCUCGUCGCUUGCGCUGCUAAAGAUGCUCCGACACGGCCGCGCCGGUGUGCCCAUGGAAGUGAUGGGCUUGAUGCUAGGCGAGUUUGUCGACGAUUUCACUGUUCGUGUGGUGGAUGUUUUCGCCAUGCCCCAGAGCGGGACAGGAGUUAGUGUAGAGGCCGUCGACCCGGUGUUCCAGAUGAAGAUGAUGGAUAUGCUGCGGCAAACAGGAAGGCCCGAGUCCGUCGUCGGUUGGUACCAUUCUCAUCCUGGCUUCGGUUGCUGGCUUUCCUCGGUCGAUAUCAACACCCAGCAAAGCUUCGAGCAGCUCACGCCGCGCGCCGUCGCCGUUGUCGUCGACCCCAUCCAGUCCGUGAAGGGCAAAGUGGUCAUCGAUGCGUUUCGUCUUAUCAACCCGCAGUCUCUGAUGAUGGGGCAGGAGCCGCGUCAGACUACGUCGAAUUUGGGGCACUUGAAUAAGCCGUCCAUCCAGGCGCUCAUCCACGGCCUGAACAGGCACUACUACUCCAUUGGCAUCAACUACAGGAAGACGGCGCUCGAGGAGAACAUGCUGAUGAAUCUGCACAAGCACCCCUGGACGGAUGCGCUGCAGAUGGAGGACUUCCGGACCGAGGGCCAGCGGACCAAGGAGCGCCUUGAGCGGCUGGUCAGCCUCGCCGAAGGCUACGAGAAGAGGGUCAAGGAGGAGACAGAGCUGACCAAGGACCAACUGAAGACACGCUAUGUUGGCAAACUAGAUCCAAAGAAGCAUCUGGAGGAUGUGGGACAGCAGCUCAUCGAGGACAACAUCGUUGCCGUGUCGAGGCAAAUGAUUGACAAGGAGGCGACUAUGGCAAAGAAGGACGCGCCAACAGGCGCGAAUGGCGGGCCAAACGGCGACCAAAUGGAGGUCGAAGAGGAACUCUGAAGUCACGACUUAUUCGGCAUAUCCUCAGACAAACGGUCAUGGCGGAACUGGGCGUUGUAUGACUAGGCGGUUGGGCUAGGGAGUUAGACUGGCAGCCACGCAUAAAAGUCACAUUGCCCUGCUGGUUGAUGUAUUUGAUUGAUGCCGAGACAAGCAUGGUCUUUCGUCGUGGCUAUUGACGACGUUCAGUCAGCUCCUUUGUUUCAAGCACAAUCCCUUUGUCCCAUCAUGUUCUGUCCGUCGCCCUGAGGCUCUCAACAACAGGUCUCAUCUUCCCAACGACUUUGUUCUCC